UUCCGCUGGUAAAAUGGAAGUCACUGCGAUUACUGAAAUGUUUACUGCGUCUCAAGAAAAGUACGGUGUCAAGUACGGCAACUAUAUCGGCGAUGGUGACUCAAAAACCUUUAAGGCUGUCGUCGAUUUGAACCCAUAUGGAGACGAUUUUCCCAUAACCAAAAGUGAAUGCAUAGGCCAUAUCGAGAAACGUAUGGGGUCUAGACUACGAAAUGUUAAAAAAACAAAGAAACUAGGAGGUAAAGGAAAAUUCACUGAUAUUCUGAUAAAAAAACUGACCAAAUACUAUGGCCUUGCUAUAAGAAGAAAUGUAGAAUCUGUAGAAAACAUGAAAAAAGAUAUAAUGGCAACAUAUUUGCACAUGAUUUCUACAAAUAAAAAUCUGAGGCACGAAAAUUGCCCGAAAGGCGAAGACACGUGGUGCAAAUAUAACCUUGCUCAAACCUUUGGAGCAAAGUAUAAUCAUCCAGCUCCACUUCACGCAGAGGUAGCUGCAAAUAUUUUGCCCAUUUGUGAAGAUCUUUCGAGAGAAGAAUUACUCGAAAGAUGCUUGGGAGGCCACACACAGAACGCCAAUGAAAGUUAUAAUUCAACUGUGUGGCAGCUCGCGCCAAAGCAUCUACAUGCUGGCCGCAAAAUAGUUGAAAUCGCCGCUUUUAUUGCUGUCUGCGUCUUUAAUGAGGGCUUUUUCGGAGUCCUGAAGAUAAUGGAAACGUUGGAGAUCAAGAUUGGAACGACGUGUAAAAUGUUUGCCGAUAGCGUCGACGCCAACCGGAUAAGACGCCAGGAACGCCGAAGCUUGACUAGCACUAAGGAGGUUCGAUUAGCUCGAAAACAGGAAUUAAUCGAGCAAAAUGAAAUGUUCGAAGAAGCCGAAGGCUUAUUAUAUGGUCCUGGUAUAGCGGAUUAACGAAAAGUAUAGACGACACUGCGCCAAGCUAUUACGCCCGCCAAUUUGCUGGGCAUUUUCUGCACCUUCGAACAUUCGGCAAUAUAUCUCAAGAGUUGUUUUCUUUCCGCCAAUGAAAAAAUUGUUUUGUAUUCUUGAAAUAUGGUAUAAUAUACUGGGCCACUGCCGAAA